AUGACGUUAUACUCCAACAAAGGUUUCGACAGCGUAUCCGACAAUGGCGACAGUUUCUGGACUGAUGGGGAGCUGAUCUUCGACCCGAUUGCAAUUGGCGUAGGUCCCCUAGACCGAGCAAACCUCCACCUGACGGACUGGGACAACGACGGAGCCUGUGACAUCGUGCGUACGUACCCCGAGGACAGCGGCAAGCUCAUGAUCUUUCGAAACGGAUACAGCCCAACCCGACCGUUUAGCGCUGGAGAUUGGGCCACAUGGGUUUCGACGCUUGUCCGCUGCGAUGCUCGGAAUGGAGCUGGGCCGUUGGAUCCUGCUGUGCGAUUCGCCGAUAUCACAGGGAACGGGCAAGAUGAUUUCCUCUGCAUCAGCAGUCUUGGGCAGGUCGACGCGUUCGAACACCGUGGAGACGCGUGGCAUCCGAUGGGCAUGAUCUGGGCAGGCGAUUAUGGCGAACGCUCAGGUUUGCAGUUUGCCGAUGUUGACGGCGACGGUAGAGCGGACAUCAUUCGGACGAACCUGUUCAACGGGGAUGGAACAGUGUGGUAUAACCACGGGCCAAGGGAGGGUGCUAAGGAGCAUGAGUCCAAGUGGAAGUUCGAGGCUACUGAUUCAUCCAAGCCAGCGUUCAUGGGCAUGGGUCCAGCAGCCUGUACUUACUACCCUGACCUGGAUGGAAAUGGCCAUGCGGACCAGCAUGUGGUGAUGGACUCACUCAAAAACACGGCAAGGACUUGGUUUACAAAAUGUGCGCCGGAUGAUACUUUGGGUGAUGAUGGUCCAGCAAAGGACCCCCAGCUGCCUGAGAUACCCCAUUAG